AUGGCGCAGCAACGACUUGCUCUUUGGAAUGCUGAGGAAGAUCUUGAAGAAGAUGUUGACAUGACAAUAGCUCUGGAUGGAUAUGGUCAAAAUGUCCAAUAUGAGGAUUCUCAUAUACACCAACCUCAGAUCGAUGAGUCAACCCUUCUCGCCAUGCAACAGCACAUGGCCCAACAGGCUGCUUUCCAACAGAUCCCUGACGUUGUCAAAAGUUUCAUUGUUCAUUUCCACCAAGCUGUUCUGGACAAUAAUCUUGCUGAAAUUACCGUUGCAUACGAAAGUGGAUGGAACAAGUACACUGAAAAGUUCUACUCGAAGACGGAGUGGCCAGAAGCUGAGUUAAUUGCUCCUCUGGUUAAUGAUGAUCCUAUCUUCCUCAUUCUCUACCGCGAGCUCUACUACCGCCACGUCUACUCCCGUCUCCAACCUAAUAUCGACGAUCGCUUCCAUUCGUAUGAGAAUAGCUGUGAAUUGUUCAACUAUCUCCUCAAUUCCGAUGGCCCCGUUGAGCUCGAACUUCCCGAACAAUGGCUUUGGGACAUCAUCGAUGAAUUUAUCUACCAAUACCAAGUUUUCUGCACGUGGCGGUCAAAAGUUACCACCAAGACACCAGACGAGUUGCUUAUGUUGGCAGAGGGUGGUCCCGUUUGGAGUUCAUACAGUGUUCUCAACGUCUUGUACUCGUUGAUGCAAAAGUCUCGGGUCAACGAAUACAUCAUCGCUCAGAGAGAAGGCAAAUCGGCGGAGGAGAUUGCAGAAAUUGUCGGUGAAUAUGGUCAACGCCCCCUCUAUCGUAUGCUUGGAUACUUCAGCAUCAUUGGCUUGCUGAGAGUGCACGUCCAUCUCGGUGAUUUUACUCUUGGUUUGAAGGUUAUGGAAAAUGUGGAACUCAAUCAAAAGACUCCCUUCACGAGAGUAACCGCCUGCCACGUUGCUACAUACUAUUAUGUUGGUUUCUGCUACAUCAUGCUCCGCCGUUACCCAGACGCUAUCCGCACAUUUGUGACGAUACUCAACUUCAUUAUGAGAAUGCGUCAGUACCACACCCGCAGUUAUCAAUAUGAUCAAAUCAACAAAACCGCGGACAGAAUGUAUGCUUUGUUUGCCAUGUGCCAUGCCCUGUCUCCCAGCAGACUCGACGACAAUAUCGCCAACAUUGCAAAGGAGCGUUACGGAGAGCAAUAUGCUAAAAUGGCGCGCGGAGGCUCAGACGCUCUUGCCGCGUUCGAGGAACUCUUCAUUUACGCCUGCCCAAAAUUCAUCACCGCCAACCCCCCUCCAUACGAGGACCCUGUUGCCAUCAACGCCCUCAUCUCCAGCAGCGCUGAUGCCGAGUCACCUACCCAAUCCUCGCCCCAGGCAGACUCGACACACCGCCAUCUGGACCUUUUCCUGGCCGACGUCGCUGCGCAGCUCCAGGUGCCAACCCUCAGGAGUUUCCUCAAGCUGUACACGAGCCUCGGUGCAAAGAAACUUGCCAAUUUCUUGGACGCAGAUGAAGAGGAGCUGGUACAGGAGAUGAUGGUGCUCAAGCAGGCGAGCAGAAGCAUUAGCCGCGUUACUGGCAGCGAGGGAACUAGCCUCCUAGAUGGGCAAAUGAUCACCACCAGUGAUCUCAACUUCGUCAUCGACGAGAACAUGGUCCACAUUGCUGAAUCCACAAUUGGCAGGAGAUACGCAGGCUGGUUCAUCAAAAACACUGAGCGCACGCAGAAGAUUCUUGACGACCUCAAAAACAUGCCUCUCCCUGUGCCCCCGAAAACGAGCGGCGGUACAGCAUCUGGCGUGAAUUCUCAGCAACAGGCGGAAGCCGUGGCGGGCCAAAAUCGACCAGCGAGGUCAGGCCAAAAGGUUGUGUGGGGUGGUGUAAAAACCGCGUGA